AACUUUUUUAUUGCUGAAAACUCCAGCAGGUAAAAAUGGCGUUCGUGGUGAGAUUGGUCCCUGGGGAAUGGAAAAAAGAUGAAAACGGCUUUUUCGAACACGUCUCACAGAUGGAUGGGUUUGCACUAGGAGUACGCCUGCGAGAGCAAGAUGGGUUUGCGAAAGUGGUUAUGGCGGUAAAAGAAAAGUUAGCACUGCGUCCUGAAGACGAUAUCGAGUUAACGUACCAGUGGCCACAGUGGAUGAUGGGCCCUGAUUGGAAACGUGCAAACCCGAUCGACAUAUUAGACGAUGAGGACAUGACUCUGUUCAUGGCGAUAAGAGCCGAUCUAGAUGAAGUCCAUCUGCGGAUGAGGAUUAUACGAGGUGGGACUGAGCGAAACGUUAAUAGUUAUCGGAGUAACAUGGAUCUAAGUGGCCUAAGUUCAAAAGAAAUAUCGGAUAAAUACUGGAAUAGCGCAGAAACGAGGGCUGUCUGGGGAACCGCGCUAACACAAAUGUUACGCAACAUUUCAGGUGACGCAGACGGUAUGACAACUAUGGGAAAGGAGAACGAGGUGAACAUAAGUAAAGGCGGUGAGCAGCACAACACGUAUGGAGGGGUAACCAUAAGAGACAACAUGGAAAUUACAGGCGGGACUAGCGGGACGCCACAAAAAGAAGAAAUGUGGCGAGAGAUGUGUGCAACCCAAAUGACCCUAGGAGGAACUCAAACUAAUGCAACAAACGUGGGCGACAAAGAGAAAACAGCGAGGGUCCUAGAUUUCGGAAGUAGCGGCCAGUCAAAGAGAGAUCCAAAUGCGGAUUUGCGUCUAACUCUAGCGAGUUCAGAAGCACCAGCUAUUGGGCCGCCAGUGGUCGCUUUAUCGUCAAGCGAUUCAACCUUCGGAACGCCAACCUCGCUUUCGACAAGCAUUUCUUUCAGUACCGAAGACCUAAUGGAUGAUAGUGGCUCGUCGAACAACAACAGCUUAUCGCUAUUAGGUGACGAAACACUGGCACACUUUUACUCUUAUCCUGAUGGCCCUCUGAUUGUGGAUCCUCAACCUACCACAAUGAUAGAUAAAGGCAAAAGUAUCAUGAUAGAGGACGAAUUAUCCACUAAAGAAAUAGGGAUGCCAUCAACUAACACAAGAGUAUCGGAAGUACAGAGGAAAGAGAUGAUCGUGAAGGAUACACCCGUUCCAACGGUAUUCUAUGACAGAGAUGCACCCCCAUAUUUCGACGAUCCAGGGGAGGAAGCUGCUUCGUUCCUCUCCUUCUCAGAUGCUCUCCAACGAGCCCUAAAGGAUGUUGAUUACGAAGGAGAUGACAUUUACAUCGGGAGGAUUUUUGAAACCAAAGAGGAUUGUGCAAGGAAAUUAGCCAUUCAUGCGAUUCGCCGGAAGUUCCAUUUCAUAUAUGCGAAAUCCGUGCCUAAUGUCGUGGCGGCUGUCUGCGUCAGCCAUACAUGCCUGUGGCGGGUUUAUGCAACUAAUCUGGCAGAUAGCGAUCGGUUCGAGGUAAGAAGCACAACACCAAACCACACAUGUAGCGUGGAUGCUAGCGGAGACUUCCACAAGUAAGGUUCAACGGCUGUAAUUGGGAAUUUAAUACGAACAAAAUAUAUUGGAGUAGGCAGG